AUGGGUUCUAGCUCGUCGAAGGUGGCGGACGCUGCCCCAACUCGACAAGACCGACAGAAGUGCUGGGAGGCAAGAGAUUCCUACUUCGCGUGUCUGGACCGGGCAGGUGUCCUCAAGGCAGGCGACGAAGGAAAGGCCUGCAAGGGCGAAAACGACAACUAUGAGGCGAACUGCGCGAAGAGCUGGAUUGAGUACUUCAAUCAGCGCCGCAUAAUCGCGGAGCAGCAAAAGAAUCGACUGGCGCAGGCAAGCAAUCAAGCCCAGGACGCCAAACGUUUAUGA